AUGUCUACCAUUCAGCAACUCAAGAACUUUAUCCGGCACGGCAAGCAAGCUCGUGCCGCUGCUCCUGAAGAGGCUCCACGCAAGACAGAACAGCAACAGGCGCCCACAGUCCAGCACAAGACAGCGUCAGAUCCCAGUAACACCCACUACGCAAGGGCACAAGAGCCCGGGAACGAAUAUGGCGAUGACGAUUACUCACGCAGCAAGAGCAAGAAGCGCGUCGACGAUGAGAAGCUCGCCAAGCUUAUUGCCGAGGAGAAUGCCAGCAAGAGCAAAUUCCCUCGUUACCCCGGCCUCGAGCGCUGGGAGCUCGUCGACAAGAUGGGUGAUGGUGCCUUCAGCAAUGUUUACCGCGCCCGCGACACAACAGGUCAGCAAGGCGAGGUCGCCAUCAAAGUAGUACGCAAGUACGAGAUGAACAGUAUGCAGGGCAAUAAGCAUUUACAUCCAGACUUCAAGAAAGUCCCGAAGGCAGCAGAGCGAUCAAAUAUCUUGAAGGAGGUCCAGAUUAUGCGCCAACUCGACCACCCCAAUAUUAUCAAGCUCGUCGAAUUCUCCGAAUCGAGGCAAUAUUAUUACAUCAUUCUAGAGCUUGCCCCUGGUGGUGAACUUUUCCACCAGAUUGUCCGCUUGACAUAUUUCAGCGAGGAGCUUUCCCGACACGUCAUUGUUCAGGUGGCCAAGGCUCUUGAAUAUCUCCACGAGGAGAAGGGUGUUGUUCAUCGUGACAUCAAGCCCGAGAACAUUCUGUUUGAGCCCAUUCCUGUGGUGCCUUCUAAGCACCCGAAACCCAAGCAGCCUGGCGAUGAGGACAAGGUUGAUGAGGGCGAGUUCAUUCCCGGCCAAGGUGCCGGUGGUAUUGGUCGCAUCAAGAUCGCCGAUUUUGGUCUCUCCAAGAUUGUUUGGGAUAACCAGACCAUGACUCCUUGUGGAACUGUUGGCUACACAGCACCUGAAAUCGUAAAGGACGAGCGAUACUCCAAGUCAGUCGAUAUGUGGGCGCUAGGAUGUGUGCUAUACACUCUGCUUUGCGGUUUCCCACCCUUCUAUGAUGAGAGUAUCGAGGUGCUCACUGAGAAAGUUGCCAAGGGCCAGUACACUUUCUUGUCGCCAUGGUGGGACGAGAUCUCAAAGUCCGCCCAGGAUCUUAUCAGCCAUCUCCUGACUGUGGAUCCUGAGAAGCGAUUUACGAUUACCGAGUUCCUCGCUCACCCAUGGAUUGCCGGAAACGGACCUACUCCCCGAGAAGAGAUGAAGAAGUCUGAUGGUAUGCUCCGGGCCUUUGAUGCUACGAAAUUCGAAGAGUCUGGCAAACGAUACGACUUCCGAUCUCCUGGCGCUGUUAACCUGCGUGAGGUAUUCGAUGUUGGUUAUGCUGUUCAUCGUCAGGAGGAAGAGGGCAAGCGAAGAGCGCAGAUCGGCCCCAAGGGCACACCAGCGCGCUUCCUCGGCGGCCUCAACGAGGAGGAUGAAGACGAUGAUGUCAUGCAGAUCGAUGGUCAAGAUAACACCGCUGCCAAGCCCAACGCAGCGACUCAGGCCCUUGAGCAAAGUAUGCGAAAGGCUAAUAUCCGAGAUCAAGAGCAGCAGCAACAAUCUCGGGGUCGUGAGCGAGAGCGUGCUGAGAGAGGCUACGGCCAACAUUCGGCAACGGUCGCCGCGGCUGCUCGACAGCAGGUCCGUGAGCGCAACCGCCAGCGAGGAGCAUUCGAGCUCAACCUGGACAACGCUACCCUUCUGGGCAAGCGGAACAAGAAGGUUCCUGUCAUGGGGGUAUAG